AAGAUCUGCCAACAAAAUGAAUUCCCUCCCUUUGUCCAAAAAAGCUUCCUCGCGUCAAACACGUAUCUGCCCACAUUCUACCAUUUCAUCAAGACCCACAAAACAGGCCCCGAUAGUAUAAUACGACCUAUCGUAGCCAACAUCAAUGGACCCACCCGACGCAUUUCAUGGCUUCUCGCCAACGCCCUUGAACCGAUACUAAAAAAUGUCUCAGCCCAUUUAAAAAACAGUCUCGAACUCAUUAGAUGUAUCCAAGCCGGCGAUCUCACCACAAACAAAGCGUUACCCUAUCCAUGCAUCCUCGAUUUGGUAUCCCUAUACACCACAAUACCUGUACAAGAAGCCAUCACCAACGUUACAGAUAGAAUUCAGAACCCUCUUUCCAAACUUUGAAAAAAAAAACAAAAAAACAGUAGUUUCUCUGGCAACCUUUGUGGCAUUACAGGUGUGGUAUGGAAUCCCUAAUGAAAGGGUUCCCAAGUCUCCAAUAAACAGUGGGUAAGUUGGGGAGGGAGGGUGUGUGUAAAUGAGAGUGUUGUAGGCAUAAAAACAAAUAAAAUUGGUUAAUAGUUUUAUUUCUUUUCUCACUUCCUCUUUUUAUGGUAGAUGGUUUUUUUUUGCUUUUUGUUGUUGUUGUUGUUGUUUUUGUUUUUUUUUACUUGAAUCCCCUGUUCUUGUUUUUAACACCCUCCUUUAAUUAGAACAGCUACAAAAUUUUUUUACCUUACUUUCAAUGUUCUAAAGAACGAAAUAAUAUUAUAGAUAAUCAUAUUUUGUGGUUAGCAAUUUAUCUUCUUUAAUAACAAUUUUUAAAGAGGGUUUAAUCCCUCCCCGCUUUUUUUUUCCCGCCCAUUUCCUUUUUCAUUUAGCUGGGAUAAAUUCGUCCCCGUGCUCCUCUCAUUUUGCACUAGAGCAGCAACUGGCUUUUUAGCUACUUUCAAAGUUUUAAAGAACGAAAUAACAUUAUAGAUAAUUAUAGUUUCUGGUUGGCAGUUUAUUUAUUUAUUUAUUUUUUUUAACAAAAGUCAUUUUUAAGUAGGGUGACCCCCUUUUUUCAUCCAUUUUCGUUUUCAUUCAGAUGGGAUAAGUUCGUCCCCAGAUUCCUCUCAUUUUGUACGUCAUGAUGCUGACGAUUAACUAGGGCGUGAACAGCAAAAACAAAAAAAUUGUUUUUGCUACUUUUGGUGGGCCACAUUCAUGAGAAGAGGAAUUUUUGUCUACUAGCUGAGGAGUUUCCAAGUUUUUUUGCUCACUAAUUGGUCUGCUGCAGAGGCUAUCUGAAGUAUUUGAGAGUAAGUAAUCAUUUACUUUUUAUUUCCAUGACCUUUCAGUACUUUCAUGUGUCAAUGCCGCAGGCAUCUUGCUACGGUUAUAGCUAGUGGAUCUAUAAUUGCCCUCGAAACCUGUUUCUCUCGCUUCAAGGUCCUUAACUUUAUAUUAUAUUAUAUAUUAACCCUUCAGUUCCUUUUAUUUUAUUUUGCACUGUGCAUUGUGUUGGACGUGGCUGCAUUGCAGUUUGUUGGUCGCUCAAUAUUGGUGCUUUUUCUAACUAUUUAACUAUUAACCAAUUUUAUUUGUUUUUAUGCCUACAGCACUCUCAUUUACACACACCCUCCCUCCCCAACUUACCCACUAUUUAGUGGAGACUUGGGAACCCUUUCAUGAGGGAUUCCAUACCACACCUGUAAUGCCACAAAGGUUGCUAGAGAAACUACUGUUUUACCCAUGGGUUUUAGCAUUUCAGGCAUACUAGCCAUCCUGUUCAUGGACAAACUAAAAAUCAUCGCCCUCUCAUCGCACUUAAUGAUAAGCCCUCACAAGAGAUACUGUUUUGUUUUUUUUUUUCAAAGCUAUCCAUGCAUCCUCGAUGUGGUAUCCCUAUACACCACAAUACCUGUACAAGAAGCCAUCACCAACGCUACAGAUAGAAUUCAGAACCCUCUUUCCAAACAAGACGUCUCAGACCUCCUCCAAGUCACGCUAAACAACAUGUACCUCUCCUUGAAAGAUCAAGUUUUUCGCCAAAAGAGAAGGCCUACCCAUGGGUUUUAGCAUUUGAGGCAUACUAGCCAUCCUAUUCAUGGACAAACUAAAAACCAUCGCCCUCUCCUCGCACCUAAUGAUAAGCCCUUACAAGAGAUAUGUUGACUACAUCUAUCUCCAAACAAGUAAUGAAGAAACAGCUGACCACUUCCACCAUAUAAUAAACAACGUGUCUCUAAUUUGA